UAGUUUCUUCCCCACUUCCUGUAUUUAGAUUAUCAAGCGCUAACACAACCCACGUCAGAGGGGGUCACCCACCCACCCCUGUGGCCUAGACGCUCUCCCUGCCAUCCUAGCCCCUGACUCCCGUCUGCCGUGUACCCUCCUCCACGCCAGGCUGGGCCCCAUGCUGCUCUGGACAGUUGCGCUCCUCUUCGUUCCCUGUGUUGGGAAAAUUGUCUGGCUGAGCCCCCAAGCCCAGCCAUACCUCGUGUUUGAGGGGGAUAUACUGAUUCUGCAAUGCCGGGGAAGGAAGAACGCGGUGCUGUCCCAUGUGAAAUUCUACAGAGAUGGAAAAUUCCUCCAUUUCUCUAAGAAAAACCAGCCUCUCUUCCUGGGGACAGCAACAGCUAACAGCAGUGGCUGGUAUAACUGCACUGGGCAGGUGAAAUAUCCCAGAAACAUGGACUCAUGGGACUCAGGGACUGUCAUGGUUCAAGUCCAAGAGCUGUUCCUGCCUCCCGUGCUGACAGCCCUCCCCUCUCACGAGCUCUGCGAGGGGAGCCCUGUGACCCUGAGAUGCCAGACGAAGCUGCACAGUCAGAAGUCGGCCUUGCGGCUUCUCUUUUCCUUCCACAAGGAGGGCCGCACCCUGCAGAACAGGAGCUCCCGCCCAGAACUCCGCAUCCCAGCAGCCAAAGAGGGAGACGCCGGGCUUUACUGGUGCAAGGCAUCCCCUGAGAGUGGCCAGGUCCAGAAACGGAGCCCUCAGCUGGAGCUCAGGGUGUGGGCUCCCGUGUCCCGUCCUCUGCUCACCCUGAGACCCACCAGCCUAGCUGUGGGGGACGAGGUGGAGCUCCUCUGUGAGGUCCAGAGGGGCUCCCCUCCGAUUCUGUACUCAUUCCACCUCAAUGGGGACAUCCUGCGGAACCACGUGGCUCCCCAUGGGGGACCCGCCUCCUGCCUCUUCCGGGUGAUGUCAGAGCAGGAUGCUGGGAACUACUCCUGUGAGGCUGGGAACCGUGUCUCCAGAGAGACAAGUGAGCCCGAGACACUCUCGGUGGAUGAUCCUCAGGUCUUACCUGCCCCCACCAGUAGCAACUGGCUGGUCCCUUGGCUGCCUGCAAGCCUGCUUGCCAUGAUGGUCAUUGCUGCUGCACUUCUGGGGUAUUUCAGACCCUGGAGGAAAAACGGGCCCCUUCCACCCCGGAAUUUACCCUCAGCCCCAAGUGAAGAGCAGCACCCACUGUAUGUCAACGUUUAUCACCAGAAUGAAAACAACGAAGCAGUUAUCUACUCUGAGAUUCACACAAUCACAAUCCCAAGGGAGCAUGAAGCCAGGCCUGCCCAGCCAGCCCAGCAGGAAAAGGACAUUUCUGUCAUCUAUGCUGAGGUGAAACACCCGCAGCUCAGCAAGGAUCCAGACAAGGGGCUGAAUAGAAGAAGCACGAUCCACUGAGUUCCUGCUAGUGAAUACAAGGAGGCCCUCUGCUAGCAACGGCAUCCCCCCACCCCCAACACACACACCUCUGCAGCCCCCAGUGCUCCCCAGGAGGCCAGGCAACCCCAGCCUCUUCUGUGGCUUCCAGUUCCCCAACCUAGCAGCAAUACCCCCAUUUGCGGAGUGCAUGAGGAAACUCCUGUUAUCCCUUAGUGUUCAAAAAGAUACAUGGUUGUAGAUCUAUUUGUUAAUAAAGGUGUAUCAAUUCAUUU